AGAUCGAGAAAGACGCGCAGCUCGGGCUCCGAACAUCGUCGACGCGGAGUCUAAUUCAGACACACUGAAGAUCAUUAAAACACGAACCUUUCGUUUUAAAGCAACGUUUGCGUUUCCGUUUUUCUUUCCUUUGUUUAAAGUUACACGUCUCUCCAACGGGAAUUACCGGACGAGCGGAGCACAAGCGACACACCGGCGAACAAAGAAACCCGUCUGCGCGAGAGAUCAGCCCUCAUCACCCGUUAGUUAUGAGUCAUGUGGCCGUGGAGAAUGUGCACGGUCUAGACCAGCAGCUCGCUGUCCUAGACUUGAACUCUGCUGAUGUUCAGGGAGUCCCUGGAAGGCGUUACAUUCCACCUCAUUUAAGGAACAAAGAAGCUUCCAAAAAUGCAGGAGCUUUUUCCUCUGGUAGACAGAGCGGUUACUCAGUGGCACCAGGAAGGAGCUAUUCUCCCGGAGGAUGGGAUAACGGACGCAGCAAUGGCUUCGUGAAUGGCUGCCAUGAUGGCCGAGACAACCGCAUGAAUGGAGGCAACGGUUUCGGUGGCCGCGGCUCCAUGCGCAACGACUGCGGAGGACGAGGUGGCUUCAGAGGAUUUGGUUACGACAACAAGGAUGCCGGUGGGUGGAAUGCCCCAAAAGACACUGCCUACAACAACUUUGGUGGCCGCUCUGACCGGGGCAAAUCAUCUUUCUUCAGUGACCGCGGGUCUUCAUCCAGGGGCCGGUAUGAGCGUGGAGGGUUUGGCGGCGGUGGGAACAGCCGAUGGGUGGAGGACUCGAGGGAUGAUGAAGAUUGGUCCAAACCAUUGCCUCCCAAUGAGCGAGUGGAACAUGAGCUCUUCUCUGGAAGCAACACUGGGAUUAACUUUGAGAAAUAUGAUGACAUUCCUGUUGAAGCCACAGGCCAGAACUGUCCACCGCAUAUUGAGAGUUUCCAUGAUGUAGAUCUGGGAGAGAUCAUUAUGGGUAAUAUAACCCUGAGCCGCUACACACGGCCCACUCCUGUCCAGAAGUACGCUAUUCCCAUCAUCAAGUCUAAGAGAGACCUGAUGGCGUGCGCACAGACAGGUUCUGGAAAGACUGCAGCCUUCCUGUUGCCAGUCCUGAGCCAGAUAUACACUGAAGGACCAGGAGAGGCGCUGCAGGCUAUGAAGAACAGUGCACAGGAAAAUGGGAAAUAUGGCCGCCGUAAGCAGUAUCCCAUUUCGCUGAUUUUAGCCCCAACAAGGGAACUGGCUCUCCAGAUCUAUGAGGAGGCCAGGAAGGUUGCGUACCGCUCUCAUGUGCGUCCCUGUGUGGUGUAUGGAGGCGCUGAUAUCGGUCAGCAGAUUCGUGAUCUGGAGAGAGGCUGCCAUCUGCUGGUGGCCACUCCCGGGCGUCUGGUGGACAUGAUGGAGAGGGGCAAGAUCGGCCUGGACUACUGCAAUUAUUUGGUGCUGGAUGAAGCAGACAGGAUGUUGGACAUGGGCUUCGAGCCACAGAUUCGCCGUAUCGUGGAGCAGGACACCAUGCCGCCCAAAGGGCUUCGUCGGACCAUGAUGUUCAGUGCCACCUUCCCCAAGGAGAUCCAGAUCUUGGCUCGUGACUUCCUGGAGGAAUACAUCUUCUUGGCUGUGGGCAGGGUUGGUUCCACCUCUGAGAAUAUCACCCAGAAGGUGGUGUGGGUUGAAGAAAAUGACAAGAGGUCCUUCCUGCUCGACUUGCUCAAUGCCACAGUCAUUCCGAAUGAGGUUCAGGACAGUACGGGGGAGAACGUAGAAAAACCUGGUAAAGAAUCUUUGACCUUGGUGUUUGUUGAGACCAAGAAGGGAGCGGAUGCUCUUGAGGACUUCCUGUACCGUGAAGGCUAUUCCUGCACCAGUAUCCAUGGCGACCGAUCCCAGAGAGACCGCGAGGAAGCACUCCACCAGUUCCGUUCAGGGAGAUGCCCCAUCUUAGUUGCCACGGCUGUGGCUGCUCGUGGUCUGGACAUCUCCAAUGUAAAACACGUCAUUAACUUUGACCUGCCUAGUGACAUCGAAGAGUACGUCCACCGCAUCGGGCGUACCGGUCGCGUGGGAAACCUGGGUCUUGCCACAUCAUUCUUCAAUGAUAAGAAUAGCAACAUCACCAAGGAUCUGCUGGACAUCUUGGUGGAAGCCAAACAGGAAGUCCCAUCCUGGCUGGAGAGCCUGGCCUACGAGCACCAGCACAAGAGCAGCAGCCGCGGGCGCUCCAAGAGGUUUUCUGGUGGUUUUGGUGCCAGAGACUACCGUCAGACCAGCAGCAGCACCAGCAGUGGAGGCUUCGGGAGCCGCGGCGGCCGGAACACUGGCGGUCACGGAGGAAACCGUGGAUUUGGUGGGGGUGGCUUUGGUAACUUCUACAGCAGUGAUGGCUAUGGAGGAAACUAUUCCCAGGUGGACUGGUGGGGAAACUAACACUCCUUCCUUCAUCUCUUCACUCCCUCAAUGACCGUGGAUCACCAUGCCAAACUCACUGAAUGGAAACCACAUGUACCAUAGCCAGACUAUAUACCCUGUGUAGCUUUGAAGAACUUUGCAGUACAUUACCAGCUGUGAUUCUCUGACCACAUCUGGAGAAGCUUGAACUCCGUGGGACUCGGGGAUGCCGGGAUAUCUGGAGGUUUGACUGUAGCAGGAAGCAGUCUCAUGAUGUGCUCGACCGUACUGAAGGGGGGAACGGAGGCAGAAGUUUGCUUUAGAUUCUUGGACUCUAGUUUUCCACUACAUUUCAUUUCUUUGUACUAAACGGGAAUCAUUUGUUAAUGUACUGUUCCUUUAAAUUUAGACUCGCUGUGUUUUGUUUGUUUUUCUGUUCUUUUUAAAUGUCUGGCUGGCAGUUGUUUUCCCCUCUUUAUUUUUUUUUUCUUUGUUUUGUUCACCCUUGAAAGAUUUGUUUGGAUGGUAUAACAAAAUAAGCUUGGAUGUAAUCAAACCUUGGCAAGUCUGGGAUGGUCUGUCACAACCUCAUUUUGAACUGAAAUUUUCAACAGGGUCACCAGUGCUGGUGUCGCAGGGGCUUGACCCCCUCGAUUGGCUUGCGUUCUCCUGUGUGGUAAAACUAUCACAAGGGAGUGAAAACUAUUGAAUGUUGAAAGGAAAAGAUCUUGCUCACUCUAUCCUGGAGAGGUAUCUAUUAUAGAGAUGGUAGUCUCCUGAGAAAGAAACCAAGCCAUUCCAGUAUAUUCUCUUAAAUUUCGUUGUUGUGAUGAACCACGUCUGCCUCCCGCCGCUCCGCUUCAUAACCGCACCAUUGAGGCAGCUAGUUCAGUACCACAAGCUAGCUGUUUAGUGGUGUUGGAUUAUUUUUUUUCUUGAACUCUUAUGGAGGUAGCAAUUGGAUUUGUCUCUUUCUUCCUUCGAAAACCAUUCUUGAAGUCGAUUAAUGUCAGGCUUGUGGCAACUUCCAUAGUGAAGAGUUCUAAUGGCUGCUCUAGGACCACGAGGUCAGAGCGGACGGCUCCGAAAGCCCAGCCCGUCUCUGAAGAAAUCCGCAUGCUAGUGUUCUUGUUUUUUGGUCAAGGAGAUUUUCGAACCAAUUUCUGCAGCAGGCUUUUACGUUCGUUACAAGUAACAUUUGUUAACUUUUUUUUUUUUUUUUGGUUGUUGGUUUUCUCUUUUUCAAGCUGCGUUGAAUUCCGAUAGACAUCCUCGGCUUUACUCUUGAGACACGGCUCCCUCGUAACCCCCCAGAUUUAGGGAGGACUGGGGUCAGCAGAAUUCAGUGUACACCACGGGAAACCGCACGAAACCAGCUGCAGGGGAGUGGUUUUGGUGUAAAACCAGAUUCGUAUUGGUUUGUUUAGUGGAGGAGGUUUCCAUGGCAUCCUGGCCUAAGACAGGGUUCUUUCAAACUCCCGCGCGCCCUUAAUAGUACGCUACUGCGGCGGUGCGCUCUGGUCGGGUCGAGCCGGCAGCGCUGCUGUCUGAUAAGGGCGAGUGGGAUGCGUUUAACUGAAGUGCAAUAGAUUUACUCUCAAGCGUGUUGUGCCUUUUGACAUGAAUUUGGAAAAGGUGACCUGAAGCAGAUGCGUUGACAGUAUUGAGGAGACUUGAGAGCAGUGGUGCUACUUAGGCCUAUCCAGUUUUACAAAAGUUGUUUUAUUGCACAUCUAGGGUUUUAUAUAAGUGUCUUGAGUGCGUGUCCUUAAGCUUCCGAAUAUUGCGUGUGAAGAUUGUGAAAACGCAGCUUGUUUACAAAAGGGGAAGGGUUCUCCAAUAGUUAACCAGGAUUGAUUUGGGACCAGCAGUGGGGAAUUUAGCUAUUUGCACAGAUUACUAGAUUCUACUUUUGCUGCUAGUUUGUGUAAUUUAUUAAGCAUUUUUGAGAAAUAUUUAUUUUUAUAAGCCUAAAAGUGAUAGUUUCAAGUAACUUGACCAAAAGACAGUACAAAAACACUGGCACUUGAAUGUUGAAUGUCACCCGUAUGCGUGAAAUUUAUAUUUUUCGGGGUAGUGUGAGCUUUUUAAUGUUUAAGGUCAUUUUGGACUCCGCUGAAAUCCACUGUAAUUGUGUAUACAAUACAUUGUGUAUACAAUUGUGUAUACAAUACAAAUACAACUGUAAUCUGUAAUUGGUAUCUCUGACUAAAUGUUUCAAUCCGAUCAAUCAAACUCUGAAUUGGCAGCCGAAAUUUAAAUAAACAACCAUGCCAAGGUUUGGAAAAAGUUACAGAAAUAUUUUUGUAAAUGUGUAUCAGUGCAAAGUGUUCAGAUUAUCCAGUUCUCUUUUUGUUUUGUUUUUCCAAUAUUUAUUUUUUAUUUGUACCCCCAGUGAAUGUCUGGCACACGGCAAUCUUAAGUAACAAAAACAUGUGGUUUAUUCUGUAUUGUUGCAUUUGCAUAUUGGGCAAUGGCGGUGGUGUUCUCUGACAGGUUUGGCUGAAAGUUCGGUCUUAAUUACAGAAGCAGUUAUGGGUGAAGUGUUGAAAGCAUGCAAUGAGAGGCUUUUAAUUGACCAAAACAUGUGAAAGAACAUCACCGGAGCCCUUAGAGUUAGAAGUAUUUGCUUUAUGUACUAGUUUAGAGGCUGUGCACUGCACGAAAAAUGAAAUGUGUGUUUACUGUAUUUUACCAAAUUAAAGUUGGACAUUGCAAAUACAGAAA